AUGGCAAUCGAGGGCAUCUCUCUCAGAGCUUCGACCCUUCUUUCUCUUCUCGCCCUUCUCUUUUCCCACUUCGCAGCUUCACUAGCACAAUCAGGGGUUGGGGCGAUCCAAAGAACCAAGGACCAACUAUUGCUAGCUAGCCUCCAACCAAGCACCGAAGCAACGUCGACCUCACCAGGAUCAAUCUCUUCCCAGCUGUUCCUCACUUCCCCUUCAGGGAUUUCUGCGGCCUACCUCGUCAGGCCUGUGAACUCCGCCAGUGCAGGUGGUCACGACUACUGUUACAUCCAAAUCCAAGGAGGGGGCAGCGCAGUUUGGAAGUCGACAUGUGCUUCUGUAAGCCAAGCCAACUCUUGCAGCCUUGUAUUUUCCGGCUCAGGCCUUGAGAUAUUCGAUGGAAGCCGGUCUUCCUGGAGAACUAAUGUGGAUGGGGGUCAUCGUCAUAAUCCAGAGACCCUGCUUCUUCUUGAUGGGGGAGACUUGCAAAUCAGGGACCAGAGUGGAAGGAUCGUGUGGAUGGCGAGUGGAAGUCAAGCAGUCGACCAGAACUGUGGGUCUUUUGGGACCCCUAGAGAAAACUUUGCUUCCCCGCCAUUUGGCAGUCCUAGUUACAAAGGCGAACCCGAAUCUCUGUCAUCGUCAUCUUCAUCAUCUCUUGGGCAGAGUUUGGAUCACAAUGGUGAAGAAUCUGAAAUGGGUUAUGACAAUAAUUACCAGCAGCAACAGGAGACGAUGAAUUAUCCACAGCAACAGAGUCUCUCGGGCUUCAACCAGCCAUUUUCUACCUUGAACCAGCCAUUUGGUGCCAGUAACCAGGAAGGGCUGGUGGACAAUGGUCCUUUUGAGAAUGGGGUCUCCGAGAGGAGACUCAUGAUCAGUUUUGUUUUGUGUUCUUCAAUCAUUUUGUUGGCUUGCCAUCACUUUUUUCCGUAA